GCCGUUUGUGGCCAUCUUCUUCUCUUCCUUUUUCCCUCGGAGAUAUAAAAUCUAAAGCGAAAAAAUAAAUUUGCUUUUCCCCGUUUGGUGUCACUGUCUGCAUAUAGAAUAGCGUGAUAUUUAACGCCCCCCACCCCACACCACCCCACCACCCUACCCCAUCGCUGUUGUUAUCUACUCACGCAAUAUGCCUGCUUCUUCUGCUUCUCUGUUCUAGCUCUGCUCCCCCCCAGUCCCACCUCUCUGCUCUGAGAUAUAGCUGCAAAAAAAUACCCAUUCUUUCGUUUUGGGUUUAUUUUGCUCUUUCUUCUUUAGUGGUGGGGAAUUUCUCGUACCCGGAGACCAAGAAGAUGAAAGCUUCUCUGGGUUUUGUUGUUGUCUCUGUCGUUUUGCUUUUCUGUUCUCUUGGGUCAUGUCUUGGGCAAGAAGGGAAAGCAUUGAUGUCCAUUAAAGCUUCUUUCAGCAAUGUUGCUAAUGUGCUGCUGGACUGGGAUGAUGUCCAUAACGAAGAUUUCUGUACAUGGCGGGGAGUUUCUUGUGGGAAUAUCAGCAUGUCUGUUGUUUCUCUGAACUUGUCGAAUCUGAACUUGGGAGGUGAAAUUUCACCAGCAAUUGGCGAGUUAAAGAACCUGCAGUCUGUAGAUCUCCAGGGGAACCAGUUGUCUGGACAAAUUCCAGACGAGAUUGGGAACUGCAUUUCAUUGAUUCUUCUUGAUUUGUCUGAUAAUUUGAUAUAUGGUGAUAUACCCUUCUCCAUAUCAAAAUUAAAGCAGCUUGAGUUGUUAAACUUGAAAAACAACCAACUUACGGGGCCCAUACCGUCAACAUUAACUCAGAUUCCUAACCUCAAAACUCUCGAUCUCGCUAGAAAUAAAUUUAACGGCGAGAUUCCGAGAUUGAUCUAUUGGAAUGAAGUCUUGCAAUACCUGGGAUUACGGGGCAAUUUCUUAACUGGAACACUGUCUCCUGAUAUGUGCCAGUUGACUGGCCUGUGGUAUUUUGAUGUACGUGGAAAUAACCUCACCGGGACAAUUCCAGAUAACAUUGGCAACUGCACUAGCUUUGAGAUCCUGGAUAUUUCAUACAACCAAAUUACUGGAGAGAUACCUUACAAUAUUGGGUUUCUUCAAGUUGCAACCCUGUCUUUACAAGGAAACAUGCUAUCUGGUAAAAUUCCUGAGGUUUUAGGUCUGAUGCAAGCACUUGCUGUUUUGGACUUGAGCGAGAACCAACUGGAAGGGCCAAUUCCACCAAUUCUUGGAAACCUGUCCUACACUGGAAAGCUCUACCUGCAUGGAAACAAGCUCACUGGCCCAAUCCCACCAGAAUUGGGAAACCUGUCAAGACUUAGUUACAUGCAAUUAAAUGACAAUGAACUGGUUGGAAGAAUCCCGCCUGAGCUUGGGAAACUUGAUCAAUUAUUUGAACUGAAUCUUGCAAACAACAAUCUUGAAGGACAUAUUCCUGAAAACAUCAGCUCUUGCAGAGCUUUGAAUCAGUUGAAUGUGCAUGGCAACAAGUUGACUGGCUCCAUACCUUCUAGUUUCCGGGAUCUAGAAAGUCUGACAUAUUUGAACCUUUCUUCAAAUGAAUUCAAGGGAACCAUCCCUACUGAGCUUGGACGCAUUAUCAAUCUUGAUACAUUGGAUCUCUCUGGCAAUGAAUUCUCUGGAUUUGUUCCUGCUUCUGUAGGUGAUUUGGAGCAUCUUCUUACAUUGAAUUUAAGUCACAAUCAUCUUAUGGGGCCCAUCCCAAUGGAGUUUGGCAAUUUGAGAAGUAUAGAGAUUAUUGAUAUGUCACGGAACAAACUCUCUGGUGAAAUCCCAAAAGAAUUUGGCCAACUUCAAAACCUUAAUUCACUUUCUCUCGCACAUAACAAUCUCAGUGGGCAAAUUCCUGAACAGCUAGCGAAUUGUUUGAGUCUUGUUCAUAUGAAUGUCUCCUAUAAUAAUCUCAGUGGUGCUGUUCCUCGCAACCAGAGUUUCCAUAAGUUUUCACCUGACAGCUUCUUUGGGAACCCAUUGCUUUGUGGAAACUGGCGAGGUUCGAUAUGCAAUCCAUAUGGACCAAAGGCAAAGGCCAUUUUUUCAAGAACAGCCCUUGUGUGCAUAGUGCUGGGAUUCAUUGCUUUUCUAUCCAUGGUGAUAGUUGCAGUCUACAGAUCCAACAAAUCCAGACCAUUCAUGAAGGGACCCCCAACCCCCAUAGUUUUUCCAAAACUCGUAAUACUGCACAUGGACAUGGCCAUUCAUUCUUACGAGGACAUAAUGAGGAUCACUGAAGAUCUGAAUGAAAAAUACAUAAUUGGAUAUGGCGCUUCAAGCACUGUAUACAAAUGUGUUCUGAAAAAUUCCCGACCCAUUGCCAUCAAGCGAAUUUACACUCAGCGCCCCUACAGUUUAAGGGAGUUUGAGACUGAACUGGACACCAUUGGAAGCAUAAGGCACAGAAAUGUUGUUAGCUUGCAUGGUUAUUCGCUGUCCCCACAUGGGAACCUCCUCUUCUAUGACUAUAUGGUGAAUGGUUCGCUUUGGGAUCUUCUUCAUGCAGGUCCCUCUAAGAAGGUUAAACUGGACUGGGAUACACGUCUAAAAAUAGCUGUCGGAGCAGCACAGGGACUUGCUUAUCUUCACCAUGAUUGCAACCCAAUAAUCAUCCACCGAGAUGUGAAAUCUUCAAACAUUCUUUUGGAUGAAGAUUUUGUGGCUCGUCUCUCAGACUUUGGGAUUGCGAAGUGUAUGUCUUCAACAAAGGGUCAUACUUCAACCUAUGUUCUUGGCACCAUUGGUUAUAUUGAUCCAGAGUAUGCCCGAACGUCACGGUUGACUGAAAAAUCAGAUGUUUAUAGUUUUGGAAUCGUUCUCUUGGAGCUAUUGACCGGGAAGAAGCCCGUGGACAAUGACUUGAACCUGCACCAGCUGAUACUGUCAAAGGCAGAUGACAACACCGUGAUGGAAGCCGUUGAUACUGAGGUGUCGGUAACUUGCACAGAUUUAACCCAUGUUAGUAAAACCUUCCAACUUGCACUGUUGUGUACAAAGCGGGUCCCAACAGAGAGGCCAACCAUGCAUGAAGUUGCUAGGGUUCUCACCUCUUUUCUUCCACCACCACCGGAAAAGCCUUACGUGGCUGCACCGAAAUCUUUCAACUAUGCACAGUUUCUGUUGGGGAAUGGGCAGUCUGAAAACCACCGGGAAGAUGGCAAUUCCAAUGAUGCACAGUGGACGGUUAGGUUCGGGGAAGCCAUAUCCAAAAACACCAUUUAAAUUUGGAAAAUUAAUGCUGGCCCUUAAUUAGUCAAAGUUUUGUUACAGUUGGCUGUUUAGAACAAUGUAGG